CUACUUUUUUUUUUUCCUUCCUGGGAACCAGACGCGCGAACCCCCGUCCCGGAGCGACGAUGCUCCCGCACAGCGAGGCGGUGGCGGCGGCUUCUGCUUCGGCCUUCCUCGUCCUCCUCCUCUGCGCGGCGGCGGAGGCCCAGUACGAGAAGUACAGCUUCAAGAGUUUCCCCGCCGCGGACGUGGUGCCGCUGGACGCCGCCUACAACUACGCGCUGGAACAGUACGCGGCGCACAACUGGGCGGAGAGCAUCAAGUACUUGGAGCUCAGCCUCAGGCUCCACCGGCUGCUGCGGGACAGCGAGACCUUCUGCGGCCGCAACUGCAGCGCCGUGAGCCGGGCGAAGGAGGAGGAGGAGGAGGAGGACGGCAGCCUGCGCGUCGUGCGCCACAUCCUGCUGAGGGCGGCUUGCUUGAAGAAGUGCAAGGCCAACUUGGCGGUGUUUACACUCGCACAUCCGCGCAGGGACGUGCUGGAGAGCUUCGAGAAAAGAACCCCGUAUCGAUACAUCCAGUAUGCCUACUACCAGCUCAACAACGUGGAGAAGGCGGUGUCCGCGGCCCACACCUUCCUGAAAAAGAACCCCGAUGACCCCUCCCUCAAAAAAAACAUGAAGCACUACAAGACGCUGAUGGACGUGGACGAGCAUCUCAUCGACCACGAGGAGCAGCCCUACGAGAGUGUGUUUGUGAAGAGUGUGACGCUCUACAACAACGGCGACUUCAGCAGCAGCGCUCGCCACAUGGAGAACGCCAUCAGCGCCUACAUGGACGCCUACGCUCUGUGCCUGGACGGCUGUGACGGCUCCUACGAGAUUUUAGAGUUCAAGGAUUUCUAUCCCACGCUGGCAGAUCUAUACUUGGAGGCGCUGAAAUGCAAGGUGGGCUGUGAGGGGCGUCUGACCCCCACUGUUGGCGGCUUCUUGGUGGACAAGUUUGUGGCCACCAUGUAUCACUACCUCCAGUUUUCUUAUUACAAACUAAACGACGUGAAGAGCGCCGCCCCGUGUGCCGCCAGCUACAUGCUCUUUGACCCCAACGACCAGGUGAUGCGGCAGAACGUGGACUACUACAGUUUCUACCGGGAGCAGUGGGGCCUGCAAGAGUCCGACUUCCAGCCGCGGCCUGAAGCGUUGGUGUACUACAAGCGGACCACCAAGCAGAAGGAGAUGCUGCAGUUUGCGCUCAACUACCUUCAAACAGACGAGGAGGGCGAGGUGAGUGACGAGCAGGCCGACGCCUCCCGAGCGCAGCAUCCCGACGUGGAGUUUGAGGGUGUGGGCGACUACGAGGAGUCCAUCCUGUCCGAGUGGUGGCAGGAGCCUAAAACUAAAUGGGACACGGGCGAGGUGGCGGAAUGACCUUUGACCCGCGCUCACGGUGAAGCCUGAAGAAGAAAGAGGAGGAAGUCAUUGUGUUGAUUUAAGAUGUCAGCUUGACGUCUUCUCUCUUUGGCUGUCAUCAGCCUUUUAACUUCUAGUUCUACUUUUUCUUCUUUGGCCUUUAAACUUGUACUUCUACUUUUUCUUCUUUUGUCUUUAAAAUUCAAUUUCUACUUUUUCUUCUUUAGACUUUACAUGUCUACUUUCAGUCUUUAAAAUUAUAUUUCUACUUUUUCUUCUUCAGCAUUUAAACUUGUAUUUCUGCUUUUUCUUCAUUAGUCUUUAAAAUUCUAUUUCUACUUUUUCUUCUUCAGCAUUUAAACUUGUAUUUCUACUUUUUCUUCAUUAGUCUUUAAAAUUCUAUUUCUACUUUUUCUUCUUUAGACUUUACAUGUCUACUUUCAGUCUUUAAAAUUCUAUUUCUACUUUUUCUUCUUCAGCAUUUAUACUUGUAUUUCUACUUUUUCUUCAUUAGUCUUUAAAAUUCUAUUUCUACUUUUUCUUCUUUAGACUUUACAUGUCUACUUUCAGUCUUUAAAAUUAUAUUUCUACUUUUUCUUCUUCAGCAUUUAUACUUGUAUUUCUACUUUUUCUUCUUUUGUCUUUAAAAUUCUAUUUCUACUUUUUCUUCUUUAGACUUUACAUGUCUACUUUCAGUCUUUGAAAUUAUAUUUCUACUUUUUCUUCUUCAGCAUUUAUACUUGUAUUUCUACUUUUUCUUCAUUAGUCUUUAAAAUUCUAUUUCUACUUUUUCUUCUUUAGACUUUACAUGUCUACUUUCAGUCUUUAAAAUUAUAUUUCUACUUUUUCUUCUUCAGCAUUUAAACUUGUAUUUCUACUUUUUCUUCAUUAGUCUUUAAAAUUCUAUUUCUACUUUUUCUUCUUUAGUCUUUACACUUUGUCUACUUUUUAUUCUUUAAAAUUCAAUUUCUACGUUUUCUUCUUGGGCCUUUAAAGUUCUAUUACUACGUUUUCUUAUUUAGCCUUUAAACCUUUACUUCCAGUUUUUCGUAUUUAGUGUUUAAAAACUUUUUUUCUGCUUUUAGCAUUUAAAUUUUUUUAUUUAUUUCUACUAUUACUUCUUUAGUCUUUAAAAGCUUUUUCUACUUGUUCUUCUUUAGACUUUAAACUUUACUUUUACUUCUUUAGACUUUAAUUUCUACUUUUUCGUAUUUGGCUUUUACAUUUUUUUUCUACUUUUUCUUCUUUAGUCUUUUGAAUUUUAUUUUUACUUUUUCAUCUUUAGACCUUAAACAUAUUUCUUUAAUUCCUUUAAAAAGUUUUUAUGUUACUACUUUGUCUUUUUAGCCUUUCACUGUUAUUUCUACUUGAUCUUCUUUAGUCAAACAUUUUUAUAUUUUUCUUCUUUAUCCUGUAAACUUUUAUUCCUACUUUUUUUUUUUUAGUGUUUAAAACUUUUGUACUUUUUCUUCUUUAGCAUUUAAAAUGUUUAAUUUUAUUCUACUUUUACUUCAGCCUUUAAGCUUUUUUUUACUUUUGCCUUUAAAAACUUUUCUACUUUUUUUACUUUUGCCUUUAAAAACUUUUCUAGUUUUUUUACUUUUACCUUUAAAAACUUAUGUAUUUCUACUUUUUUCUUUAGCCUUUAAAAUAUAUUUCUACUUUUUCUUCUUUAGCCUUUAAAAACUUGUCUGCAGCCUUGCUUUUUACUUUAAAAGAAGCAAGAAAAUGGAAGAUCACAUUUAUUUUUUUCCACUGAAAUGUCAAUUUAUUAUAUAUGUUGUCUUUUUUUUUACUGUACAUCAGUUGUAUUGUUCAUAUUCUUUUUGAAUAAUUUAUUAUUGAAAAAAAUAGACCCUAUCUUGUCUCCCUUGUAUUUUUCUGCCAUUGUCUCUGUUAAUGAAUAAAAAUAAUCAUGAGGCAA